UAACAGUAUUCGUUGCCAUUUGACCUUGCCGUUGACUCGAAUUGACUUGACUGACACCCAACACCCAACGCAUAUUUUAUUGUCUGCAGCAUUUGCAUGAAUUGCGGCUAUUAGCGUGAUUAAGCCAACUUCUCUAUCGGGCCAUACGGACAACCCUCGAUGAAUCCGGACGGAGAGCACUUAAUACGCAUUAGCUACGCUUAUUUGACAGCCUCAAUCUGCCGAGCGAUUCCUGCAAUAUUGAUGAUGUCUGGCAUCCCCUUUUCCUUUCGAUUCCCCCGCUCUCCUCCUGUGACGCGUGUCCUUCGGCGGGAACAAGUGUAUCUCCCAGUGCAGCCGCAAAGGGACGACGUCCGGUUUUCGUUACGAGGAUUCGUUCGACUGUAUAUGUGUGGAAAGUGCGAAAUUUUUAUAAUUUUUCAAUUGUAUUGUUUGCCAAGCUGGGAAGCAUUCAAUUUGAAGCGGGGGUGGGGAGGAUGCUGCGGUUGUCCUUCGGUCGUGACACACGACUGAGCAAGGGACUCAAGCUUCGCAGGACACGUGGCACUUGGCUAUUAGGAAAAGCGAUUUCCUUGACGGUGCUAAUAGAAUUCUCGCACUCUCCGCCAGUCCCUUCCCAGCGUCAAAGAAUAAAUGUUUUGGCGUUUUCGGGUUUUCUUUUCUGGGAGCCAGCUGUCAAUGUAGUUUGCACUGAAAAAAACAUGCACUAACUCUUUUCUAACCAUUUCGAUUUUAAACUUGUAUUAGUACUUUUAAGUAUUCGAAUGAAAACGGAAAUGGGUUCUUAUAAAUACCAUUUCCAUAUAAAUCAUAAGAAAUUCACACACCAAGAUUUUCCAUAGUGAACAUCAUCUAGUCGAAUCCUGCACAGCUUCUGUCUGUACUGGGCCUUGUAAUUACUUUGUUUCCUAGCGCCAGGCGGUCCUCAGCACCCAAAAGAUUCCUUGUCACUUUUGGUGUUGUGCGAUGCAAUUAAAACCGCUCCGCAGGUGUCCUUUGAACUUUGCCACGAAUAUAAACUGUGUCUCAGCCCGAGAUUGCUCGUUGGUGUGGAAUGUGUCAGUUGCAAGGCUUCCGAAACGGGACAACGCUCUCUGAUUUAUCAGACAGAAGCAAUUAUCACGUCAUUAUCAAGGAAAGCCCACAAAAAUUGUGGAUGUUUUGAUUUUGGUUUGUUUGUUUCAGUAAUUGGUGCUCAUAGAGAAUUGGGGUUUAAUACGCUGUAAUAUAAAUUUCUCAUGCAGGUUUUUAUCCUCUGCAAAUAAGAUGUUCAGUCGGAUAACUUAAGGUGCAAUGUAUGUUUAUUUCAAGCAGCUUGGCAUUUUUUAAACAGAAUUCGUAUAAUUAAUAUCAUAUUACUAUGCUUAAAAUUGUUGAGCUAUACGGUAAUUUCAUUCUUAUUGCAGCGGUCUUAACUAAGCGGUCAAAAAAUAAAUACAAAUAUUUAACUCCUGUUUUCACCAUUCCUUCUUCUAUCAAUCUACGGCUUUAUCAACAACUAAAAAGUGAUUUCCGCCGAAAGACAACCCCGCACCUCAGACCCCAAAUUCCUUCCUCUAAUGGCAUAUGUCACAAUGGCACGUUGGGAAAUUAUGAAUAAUAUCCGUAACUUCUGCCGAGGCACACCAUACACGCCCAAAGUGCCGUGAAAUAUUCCCGAGCAGCUUGCGUUGAAAGAGUGGAAGAGUGGAAGAGGGCGGCCAUGCCCACACUUCAACUGAGUCCCUGCCAACGCCUCUGAAAUUUGUGAGUGCCGAACUGCCAGGCAAAUUUGUUUUGGGGCGUGCCGUCAGAUACAACUUCCGAUGACAUCCGACAGAUGUUUUGCAGCCAACAGGAUAACCACCGGAUUGCCGAGUUUGUAGUACUUUGGCUCGGAGUUGCGCCCGCUUGCAAAACAAUUGUCGGCACAUUUCCCGUCGCGGAUGUCUCCGCCAGCAGCAGUUGGAAGUGUACAAAUGCUCAAAGUCGAUUCAGAUGCGAAUUACAUUUGAAUGUAGGUACUCGAUGAUAAUGUACGGGCGUUGACAUCUCGGAAAGGUGUUUUGCCUUCCUGUUUGGCACAUGACAAUGUCAUCGCCACAUGGCAGACACACUCGAUGCCGAAUCGCUGGCAAGGUGUGACGCAUUUGAAAUUGAUUGCCCCGAGGAUGGGGAAUCCAGGAGGUUUUACAUGUUAUUCGAUCAGAAUCAGCUGGUUCAAGAUGUGGGCAGAUACAAAGUGGAUAAGUGAAUUUUAAAAGGGAAACAUUAGAAACAACUAAAGGUGUUAUUUAGUAGCAGUUUAGUAGUCUAAAUGUUGAUGUUGAUUUAAAUACGAAACAAGCCUAGCGUUUUAUGAAAUGUUUUAUUACCAGCUUGCCUUCAAGUUUGUUUAUUAUCAUACUCAUAUUUUCGACUUACAAAAAUUGGGCUUUGAUAAGCCCAACUCCAGCCAAUUAAUUUCGUAUCUUUAGUUUAUCCUCGCUUUCCAAACGCACCCCUUCAAUUAUAUUCUCAUCAAACCAGAUGAGAUAUACAGACUUUCUCCUGUCAAUUGUAAACAUCUCUAUCGAUCCCUGGAUUUGCAUACAUCACACCGUAUAUGUACAUUUCGUAUAUGUAAAAUCAUAUCACAUAACCUCUCAUAAACUUAUGCUAAUACACAUUUGCGGAGAAUAUAAUUUACAAAAUAUGCCAAACAUUCGCCCUGACAAAAGGUGGCAAUUACACAGAAAAACCGAGAACCAUGAACUCAAUUCAAUCGCAGAGGGAAAAAUUCAAGAAUCCAAAUCAAAAGCAACCUCCUCGUUUGCCGUUUGCCCCCUGGUUUCCCAUUGUUGCCGAUACAUUUUUCAGCCGCCAUUCCUGAUCGACAGCUGUCAUGAAUGACAAUUGGAUUGCAGAAACAAAAAUUCUGAAGUUGCUGCCCCUGUUCCACUGCUGGCUGCAUCGCACUCGGAUUCAGAUUGAGAUCCUAUAAAAUAUGCAAUAAAAUAUGAGACCCUGUAAUGAUUGCCAGUAUUUAUAGAUUCCGAGCCAUUCUGCGGCUGCUGCGGCGAGGUCAUCAAAACGAAAACAGCCAAAUCGACAUGAAAAUUGAAACAAUGGCAAGGCGAGUAGCAUUCUGUGCCCCAGGGGCGUAGAGGGCAGGCCACUUUCUGUGGGGGGUGGGGUUCUACUCCACACUGGAGUGGUUCGAACUUCGAACUGAACGAAAGUGGAGUGGUUCUCGAGUGAAACGCAGAACUGCGGUUGUUUUUUUGUGGUUCGUCUCGCGAUAAUUUAGGUUUGGGAUGGCUAAGGAUCAGAGUUUUAGCUUGGGGAGUCAGAAAUUUGGCAAUACCGAAGACCAUAAUUCUAAUCGCAUAAUAUAAAUUUUUUUUUCAUAUUUUUACCAUCGAUAUAUUUUUGAACUCUUUCAAUACAAGUUCUAGUACUCUUUAGUGGGGUUUUUGGAUGUACCAGGACAUCAAGAGUUUUCCAUCUUACUAAGACUUAGAAGCUUUAAUCCUUGCUGUUAUCUUUUAGUUAUAGCUGAUUUGCUAAGCCAUACUGGCCUAACUUCUUCACCGUGGUGAAGCAGCUCUUUAAGAACCAUAUUUAAGAACCAUGUUUUCGUACGCACAGCCGCAUGUGGGAAAAGUUAAGGGAACGCGGCUUGCGGUUCAGAGUGCAAAUCCCUUAAAUGCAAUUAUGGCCUGCGGCUCACGUGAGCUCGAGUGCGGAGAGGUCGUCACAAAACGCCAAUGAUAUGCUCUCGAGUGUCUUUGUUGUGGCUUAAAUACAUAAGCAGGGUAACUCCCUCCUCUUUGUUGGCCCCCUCACACCUCCCCCUAACACCCCUUCUCCGACAGUUCCCCUCCCCCUGUUCCCACAGCCUGCCCAAAGCGAGCGCGCCAAAAAGUUGUGGCUGAGCUUUCCAUUCGCUGGUCGGGUGGUGCAGAUGGGUGAUGUACUGCUCUUUGCCAGUGUGCGUGAGUAUGUGUGUGGUGGUGGCGGGCUUGUGUGUGAGUGUGAGUGUGUGUGGCAUAUGCAACGCUCCACAAUCGCAUCAUUUUGAGCAAUUAAGUGUGUAUUAUCCGUCGCUGCGUCUGUCAAAGGGCCUUGAAAGCAACUUCAAAACCGAAUCCAGUCGCGGCUCGCAGUUUCUCCUGUUCCUGUUCCGCCACCGGAAGUACAUUGAAUGUGCCAGUGUUGCAUCUCCGACUCCCCCUCCCUUAAAAUCCGCGCUUUUUGUGCGCAAAUUGUGCAUUUAAGUCCACAAUGGCGAGCCAACAAAGGCAAGGGAAUGAGACGCGGAGUGCUCGUUAAAUGGGAUAUGCGGAAUAUGCGAUCUGGGAUAUAGGAUACGUUGGGUACUCCUGUCGGGAUGCAAGUCCCUUCGCAAUGCCUACUUUCACUUUUGUUCAGAGCGCAACUAACUAAAGGCGGUCGGGAGGCGUUUUGCUGUCAAGUCUACGAGUUGGGAUUGCAGGAUUGCCGGAAUGGUUGGUAGGGAGAAGUAAGGCGGUUGGUGGGAUUCCUGCUAUUAAAAAUAUGUAAAAUGAAAAAUAAAUCAUAAGGAAAUAAUGCUACUUUUCAGGAAUACAACGUUUUCAUAGAACCAAACAGCAGUUUUAAAAGAAAUUGUUUUCUACUGGACAGCAGAGUCGUAUUGGGCAUUCCCCUACUCCCAGUUUUACUACACUAGUCUGACAUGAAACUUUUCCACCUUUCCACUCUCACUCCAUUAAGCAUUUCUCAUUCGCUUUAUUGCCCUCUUGGGCUGUCACAAACAAGUGUGGCCAACUUCGGGCCACGCCCAUAUCAGCCCACACACGCCCAUUAUCCCGACAUUUUCCAGGGGUUUCCUUCGUACUCCUCGAAGUACGGCAAUGUCUUCUGGCCACGCUGGCCAAUUUAAAAUUCAAUUUGAUUUCAAUUGAUAUUGGAAAAUCUUUUGAGCACCUCCCCCUUC